UCCACCUCCUCCUCAAUGGCAUGAAAAGGGCAGCGCGCCACUGGUCCCUGUCUGGCCCUCCGUCUCUCUGUCUCCCUGCGCGCUUUUGAUGGUGGAGGGGGUGUGGUAAAUGCAGUGUGCAGGGGGGAUAUUGCGCGAUGAGCUGGUUGGCGAAUAGCUGGAUACUACAUUAACCGGGAGAAAUGCGGUUGCUUCUCCUCUGCCUGGCCCUGGUCCCCUUGGCUGCCGCCUUUUAUGUCCCUGGCGUUGCCCCAAAGAGCUUUGAGGAUGGCGAGCGCGUCGACAUCAAGAGCGUCAAGAUGACGAGCAGCAAGCGGCCCAAGCUGCCUUACCCCUACUAUUUUUUGCCCUUUUGCCGCCCCACCAAGCUGCGCAACGCCCGUGAAAACCUGGGCGAGGUCCUGCGUGGUGAUCGCAUCACCAACACCCCAUACGAACUUUACAUGAACCAAAACGUGUCCUGCCGCCUCUUGUGCCGCGGGGAAAAUUACCUUGCCAAGUCCUAUUCCGAGGAGCAGAUUCAGCGCUUCCAGCGCUUCAUUCGCUCCGAGUACCGAGUCCACUGGAUCAUGGACAAUCUCCCCGUCGCCACCAAGGUCCACUUUGAUGGCUCGGAUCGCUACAUUCGCGGCUAUCCCGUAGGCUUUGUCGACAAGGUCAAGGGUGUGCACCUCUUCAACCAUGUUGUCAUUGUUGGCAAGAUUCACCCUAUUGAAGAAGACGGCGUCAUCAAGCACCGCAUCGUUGGUUUUGAAGUUCAAGCGCGCUCUGUAGAUGUGCAACGCUACAACGGCAACGUCGGUGAUGCCGAGGACAUGACCUGCCGAAUUCAGCCUCCCUCAGAGACCAAGGGUGGUCUUAUCCUCGACAGCAAAGCCAUGCAAGGUUCAGACACGAAGAAGCAGAUCAUCUGGUCGUACUCUGUCCAGUGGCAACCCAGCGACGUGGCAUGGGCCUCGCGCUGGGAUACCUACUUGAGCACCGAUGAUCCCGAAAUCCACUGGUUCUCCAUUAUCAACUCGCUCGUCACUGUUCUGUUCCUUUCUGGUAUCCUUGCCUUUAUCAUGGUGCGCACGCUGCGUCGCGAUAUUGCCAAGUACAACGAGGAGGACAAGGAAGAGGCGCUGGAGCAGACGGGCUGGAAGCUGGUGCACGGUGACGUUUUCCGGCCACCUCGCCACAGCCUCUGGCUCACAGUGCUGUAUGGCACUGGCGUUCAGCUGCUGUGCAUGGUGUCGAGCUCCAUCGCACUGGCCAUGUUUGGCAUGCUCAACCCCUCCAACCGUGGCUCGCUCAGCACGGCCACCAUCCUCCUCUUUUGUUUUUUUGGUGUCAUUGGCGGCUUUUAUGCCGGUCGCAUGUUCAAGACAUUCAAGGGUACCGCCUGGAAGGAAGCCGCCUUCCUGACCGGCAUCUCCCUGCCCUCCAUCAUUUUUGGCGUGGCCUUCCUCCUCAACUUCUUCAUCUGGGGCCAGCAGUCUUCGGGCGCCGUCCCCUUUACCACCAUGAUUGCGCUUGCUGCUCUGUGGUUUGGUAUCUCUCUGCCGCUCGUCUUUGUCGGCUUUUUCUUUGGCUUUCGCAAAGCGGCCUACGAGCACCCCUCGCACACCAAUCAGAUCCCACGUCAGGUGCCCGACCAAGUGUGGUACAUGAAUCCGAUUGCCAGCAUGAUGCUGGCCGGUAUCCUUCCUUUUGGUGCCGUCUUUAUCGAGCUCUUUUUCAUCUUUAACGUCAGUACCAAUGAUGCUGCCGUCACACCACUGCGCACGUGUUUGCGUGUAUUUCGAUGCAAUAUCUCACAUGCACCUGCCUCACCCCACUCUGAUGUGCGCCGCCGCCUUGCCACUGACCGGGCUUAUGUGCGCGACAUACCCCCACAGGCCAUCUGGGACAACCAGUUUUACUACCUCUUUGGCUUUUUGUUCCUCGUCUUUUUCAUCCUGCUUCUGUCAUGUGCCGAAAUUGCCAUUGUCAUGAGCUAUCUUCAGCUUUGCUCCGAGGACUAUCACUGGUGGUGGCGCUCCUUCAUCGUGUCGGGGGGUGCAGCCGUUUAUGUGUUUUUGUACAGUGUGUUUUACUUCCUGACCAAACUCAAGAUUGAUGACACGGUGUCCACCAUUCUUUACUUUGGCUAUAGCCUGAUUAUGGUGCUCGUCUUCUGGAUUGCCACCGGUACCAUCGGCUUUAGCGCCACUUACUGCAUGCCUCCAAAGGCAACGCCCACGCCUGUUGUUGAGCGCCUACUUCCUCGUCUCCCCCGCUUCUCUUUUUGUAUUUUCUCCUCUCUCUCUCUCUCUCUCUCUCUCUCUCUCUCUCUCUCUCUCUCUCUCUCUCUCUCUCUCUCUCUCUCUCUCUCUCUCUCUCUCUCUCUCAUCCCUCCUGCGAACUCUCUUGCUCUUGCUCCUUCUCACUACUCUCGUGUACAGAACGUGUGCGCAUGGUAG